CAGCUCCUCCUGAAAUCCUCUUCUGGUUUCUUCUGGAUCGAGUUCUGGUUCUGGUCUGGUGGUCCAAUUCAAGGUCUUCCCAGAAUCCAGCAGGACGGAGCCGCUGGACCUCAGAACCAGAACAGGGUGAUUUAGAAUGGGUCCAGAAGUAUCCACACCCAGCUAGAGUUCAGGAGCCUUCAGGAGAUCCCAGAACCAGAACCAGAACCAGAACGUUCUCCUAACUGCUCAGUUCUCCCGAGGUUUUCCAGCUCCUUAGUAGUUCCGCUCGGUUCCACCAGGAGGCGCUUUAUGUGAACCCGAAGCUGAAAUCAUUUUCAGUGCCUUGCUGUCAACAUGGCCGUCCAGUAGGUGGCGGCAGCGCGCUGGUCCGCCAAUCGCCAUGAAACACGAGAAGAAGAAAGACGCGGAACUUGAAGGCGAGACAUGAGACAUGCUGUCUGCCAUGAGGACAGGCUGCCGGGGGACCUGGAGGAGCCUCAGGAGACACUCGACUCAAGGGUACCAGCAGGCCAACGUCGUGGUCCUGCCGCGCCGCAUGGCCGACGACUUUGAGGACUUCUGUCGCAGUAACCCCGCCCCCCUUCCUCUGCUGUACCGCAGCCAAUCAGGGGAGACUUCCUGUGAGCCUCUGGCUAAACAUGCUGACAUCAGGACGGACGUCUCCGAGUUCUGUGUCUAUCAGGAUGGGCGUUUGGUCAAGACCGUCUCCAGCCUGCAGAGCUACUGCGAUCCGGCCAGGUGGGUCAGAACCGGGCAAGCCCGUCUCGGGUUUCCUGCUGUUAACUGUUGGAUGUGUCUGUCUAGAACCGGGUCGCCGCUGGCAGACAUGGUGACCUUCUACCUGGGCUGCAGUUUCGGCUUCGAGGGCCGGCUGGAAGAGGCCGGGGUUCCGGUCCGGAACGUGGAGCAGGGACGGAACGUCAGCAUGUUCCGGACCGCGGUGCGCUGCGUUCCCAAAGGGGAGUUUCACUGCCCCCUGGUGGUCACCAUGCGUCCGGUGCCGGCCGGGCUGCUGGACGCGGCGGUGGAGGUGACCCAUCAGAACCCACGGGCCCAUGGCGCUCCGGUUCACAUCGGAGACCCAGCUGUGCUGGGCAUUCUGGACCUGACCCGACCGGACUAUGGUGACCCGGUGGAGCUCCGACCCGGUGACGUUCCUGUCUUCUGGGCAUGCGGAGUGACGUCUAUAGAAGCCAUCCUCAGCAGCAAACCGCCUCUGGCAUUCAGCCACUCUCCGGGCUGCAUGUUCCUGACCGACGUCCCGGACACUCCGUCAGCCGGCACCGACCCGCAGCCGGCCCCGCUCUGCUUCCUGGUUACCCACAAUCCCCUGCUCUACAGCCUGGUCUCCAAGGAGACGGCCGGGAAGAUCCGGCAGCUGGAGCGGAUCAUCGGAGACGACCCGGGCCAGCGGGGAAUCGCGGCUCUGUUUGUCCAGGAUGAACUCCUCCGCUGCUGCCUGGCGCUGUCCCACUCCUCCUCUGUGGCCAUCGUCACCGGGUUCCCCACACACCACCAGCACAGUCCUCCAGAUGAGACGGACGGUCCGCCUGGAGCUAUCGCCAUGGCAACCAUGUUGCUGUCUCUAGGGAAACGGGUGACGCUUCUGACGGACCGCAGGGCGGCGGACAUGAACCGAGAUCUGAUGGACGAAGCGGUGAGGACAGGAGUCCUCAAAAAUGCCAUCCCAUUGGUCACCUUCGAGGGUCGCGGGCCUGACUCUGCAAUGCACUUCCUGUGUCACCACGGAGACCCCACACAGCCCAGGUUCGACCACCUGGUGGCGAUAGAGCGCAGCGGCCGGGCUCAGGACGGCAACUAUUACAACAUGAGAGGACAGAAUAUCAAACACCUGGUGGAUCCCAUAGACGACCUGUUCCUCGCCGCUCAGAACAUUCCUGGAGUUAUGACCACAGGGAUUGGUGACGGAGGCAACGAGUUGGGGAUGGGCAAGGUGAAGGAGAAGGUGAAGCAGCUGAUGCCCAAAGGAGACCUGGUGGCCUGCGAUGUGGCAGCAGACUGCGCCGUGACUGCAGGCGUCUCUAACUGGGCCGGCUACGCCGUGGCCUGUGGGCUCUACCUUCUCCACACCUGUCCUGCUCACCAGCGCUACCUGAAGAGAGGACUGGGACUGCAGCCAGUGACCUCUGACCUGCAGCUGCAGGACUGGAGAAGGAACCUGCCGUCGGUCCAGAAGGAGGAGCUGUUCCUGGGAACGCUGGUGCGUUUCGGAAUACGAAGCGGGAAAACGGGGAACCUGGCUAUGGAGGUGGACGGCUUGACCUUUCACCCCACACACUCCCAGAUAAUCAGCCGGCUCCUGAAGGUCACACUAGGCUCCCUGGAUCAGAACCGACCCGGAGGCCAUGAUUAGGUCCUUGGCACGGAGUGGCAGCCGGUUCAGGAACGUUUAUCAUCAACACUUUAUGAUUUCUCUGUAAUAAAGAUGUAAAUCAUGACUGACUCGGUUCACCAGAACCGGGUCCAGAA